AUGCAGAUGUGGCUUCUGUACUCGAACCAGUCGAGGAACUUGAUCAAGCAGUAUUUAUCUGCAUCGAGCUUGGACCCAGAAAAUGGCCUCAUACUAGGUCGGUGGUUUGUUAUUGAUGGGGGACGCUAUUUGAUCCAAUCUGCAGCCGUGCUCACUUUAAACGCCGCUGUCGUCCAGCUUGUGUCAGGCCAAUCAAGCACACUUUGUGGAGCUCCCUCGAGAUUCUGGCCGUGCGUUGAAACGUCGGGUUCAAAACGUGUGUUUGCGCUGUUGCAAGCCUCCACCCGUCAGACAGGGUGGCGUGUGGAACGCGGAAGUGAACAAACUUGUGGCGUGAUUAAGGCCUACUGCCUGGAACUUUUAUGGGAGGAAAGUCAUGACUUGCUCCUGGCUCUGGACCCUCUGUACCCAUCUCAGUGCUCAUGGGAGACCUUCGGCUACGCCACUGGAGGGGGGUUCAGCAGAGACGCCGAAGGGCUGUCCCCUCUGAAGCUGUCGGGACAGCUGAACAGCCUGGGCUGCUCCGUGUCCUUCCACCAAGGAGACAGCGUCAGCAUGGUGAAGCUCAUCGAGCAGGCGCGUCACACAACAUCUGGCAUCCGAAAGUGCUUCCUCUUCCUGCUGCAGUGUCAGCUCAGUCUGGUCAUCAUCCAGUUCCUGGCCUGUCUCAUCCAGCUCCCUCCACCCAUAAACACCACCGACAUCCUCUGGGUUUCCUGCUUCAGCUGCCCCUUACUCAGCGUUUCUCUCCUGGGGAAGCCUCCUGACAGUUCAGUCAUGACCGUCGCUACAGGGAAAAACCUGGAUUCAAUCCCAAAGAAGACGCAGAACUACUUCCUGGGCUGCUUCCUGUUGAAGUUCGGCCUGACGGUGUGUGCUUACCUGCUGGCCUUUGGCUUCACCCUGCAGGCUGUCUGCCCCCCGACACCAACAUGACCUUGGCCGAUAACAGCACGCUCGCCUGCCGCUCCAUCUUCACUCCCAGCUCGUCAAAGGAGUCUCCAGGCUGGUUCACCGAUCUGUCCAGUGGCCUCCUGCUGACUCAGAAGGUCAUGGCCAGCUUUUUCGUCCUUCACACAGGUGAGAUCUUCUGCAGGUGGAGCUCAGCUCGUCAGUAUAGUAACUUCUGUGAAACUGGCUCAGAUUUUCAUUGGAUUAUGUGUCACAAAGUUAAGCAGAUUUUUGUGCUGUUCAUAUGCAAUUAAUCAGUGAUUCAUGCACAUUUCAAUCCUUCGUAAUACAUGCGUGAUGUACAUAAUUCGUACGUUUUUCUUGCGUUCCUCAUUCAUCGAUGCGCGCCGAUGUCCCUCGAGGGUCGGCUGAUGUGUCUUCAGGUGAAUUCGGUUUUGAGAUGUUUUAACAUUUUUAACCAGUUGUGAAUUACAAAGUGGAGGACGGUUACUUCCGUGACGUGCGUUAAUUCCUCAUAAUGCACACU